AUGGAUUCCCCACGCCCUUCAGAUACCCCAGCUGCAGGUGCAUCUUCAAGACCGAAAGUCCAACAACCGAAACCCCAAGCCCUUGCCAACCGCCCUGGUCCUUCCGCGAUUCUAGUGUCCACGCGACAAAAGGGAAACCCAAUCCUAACCCACAUAAAGCUCAUACCCUGGGAGUAUGCCGACAUCCCCGCGGACUAUGUGGUUGGCACCACCACGUGCGCAAUGUUCCUCUCCUUGAAAUACCAUCGCCUACACCCCGAAUACAUCUACUCCCGAGUGAAACAACUAGCGGGCAAAUACAACCUCCGCCUCGUACUAGUGAUGGUCGACAUACAGAACCACGAAGACAGUCUCAGGGAACUGUCCAAAACAUCGAUCAUUAACAAUUUAACCUUGAUAUUAUGUUGGUCUGCACCAGAGGCUGCGCAUUAUCUCGAGCUCUUCAAGUCCUCGGAGAACGCACAGCCCACUGCCAUUCGAGCCCAACAGGCCCAAUCCUAUAAAGAGUCGCUGGUAGAGUUUGUCACGGUUCCCAGAAGUAUCAACAAGUCUGAUGCCGCAAGUUUGAUCUCCACCUUCGGCAGCUUGCAAAAUACCAUCAAUGCACAGCCAGAGCAGAUCAGCGCUGUGCCGGGUUGGGGAGAGAAAAAGGUCCAGCAAUGGUGCCAUGCAGUCCGAGAAGAUUUCAGAGUCGAGAGCACGAAGAGGGCUUCUGCGACACAACGCCAGGCUCAACUGCCAACCGUGAAUGUGCAUGACAGACCUGAUCAGAAUAUGGAUGAAGAGGAUGAAGAAGAGGCGAUUCUUCGUGAAGUCCUAGCGGAAAGCAGGAAAACGGCAGCUGAGCAAACCGUACGGCCUACUGAGCCUCAGGCUGGAGGUCAACCAACUGAAGAGAUGAGUGAAGGUGUCGCAGCGGCACUUGCCAGGCUCAGAGACAAUGCUGGUUGA